CAGUCGCUUUCAAGCAACGUGAGUGUUAACAUCUCGUCUAAAAAUUUGGUGUCUUUUUUUAAAACCCUUAAAAAGCAAAUCAAAAACAAAGUUGAAAAACAUCAGAAAUAAAUUAUAAAAAUCCAAAAACUUAAAAAAAGAUCUUGUAUCUUUUUUUGAGUAAAAUCAGAGGCAAAAAAAACCCCACAAAGUGCCAACGAACGUGUAUAAGAGAAAAAGCAAAAUAAGGGGUCGCGUGUAGGGUAAACAACAGCAAAGAAAAUAACAGCCGUGCGCUUUUGAUUCGUUUUCUACGAGAAGAAGUGUAGUUCGAGUGUUUUGUGAACAAACGCAAUUUAAUUUUAAUCGAACUGUUGUCGUCUCAUACCAAAACAAUCAAGCAUCAAGAAAACAAGAAAUUAAAUAAAUUAAAAAAAAAGAAAAAACUUAAGAAAAAUCGUGAAAUAAAUACCUAAUAAAUAAAUUAGUAACAACAAUCAUUGAGAGAGAUAUAAAGGGGAGGAAGCCUCAUCUGUGGUCGACCAACAUACAUAGGCGCAAUUUAGUAAAUGUGUGAUGAAGCAACUACAUCCACAAUUGGAACAUUUCCAAUGGUGUAUAAAACAAAAUUCAACAGUUUUCAUAACAACAAAACUACCAAUCAUAAACAAUAUCACCAACACCCUCAGUGUGCUGCUCUAACAAAGCCAACAAUAGCAACAAUCAACAACAUCAGCAUCAAAACGAUAACAUUGGCACGAGCUAAAGAAAAUUAUUUCAAUAAAAAAAGUUAAAACACAACAACAACAAAAUCUCAUCAUACAUAUUAGGCCAAGCGAGAGCGAGAGCUCAUACCCACCAGCACCGCCCGCCCCCCGCCCUACUUGGUCGUGUGGGUCCACGAAUUCAAUACAACCAUCAACAUCGCCACCACAAUAAAAGAAAAUUUGUGCUGGCUGAUUGCUGCUCUGUAGGCGCAAACACACACACACACACACAUGAAGGCGAAGCAAAAUGAAACAACAUUUCCAAAUGUAAAAUUGAUUACAACAACAACAUCAACAACAACGGGUUGGUUAAAGAUAAAAGCCAAAAAUAUUCUUGCUCCCCAAAAAUAAGCAAAUUUUGUGAGAGUGAGUGAUGAGAGUUAUAUGCGUGUGAGUGUGUGAGUUUGCGAGUGGAGUGACCCCAAACGUCAUCGCCGUAGUCAUCAGAAAAAAUACACAGCAACAAUACAGGAAGUCAGCAUAAUGCCUAAAUUUAUAGUGAAAAUGAUGUUUCUUUAACCAUUGGAUAUAAAUCUGUAGGCAGCAGCAGGUUUACAACGAAAGAUUGUGUUCAAAAGUCGAGAAGAAAAAGAAGAAAACUGCUGCCUCUUUGUUAGCGACGACAGGGGGACAACGACGACGACGGCGGCGACGGCGUCGAUUGGUAGUUUCGGAACAACUGGAAGACAGUUUUAGUGUUUGUCCCCUCAAUUGUUGUUGCAAUCAAUAGAGGUUGUCGCCAAAAUGAUACCAACAUCGUUUACAGGAUCUUCACCGCCCACGGCCGUUGUUGGUGGUAGCUUUUCUUCAAGCCUUGCCAGCAGUUCCCCCUUGACAGGCAGCAACAAUGCCAGCAGCAGCAGCAGUAGCAGCAGUGCAGGGGGAGUACAAGGCAAUAAUUCUGCUUUGUUGGGCAUAGCUUCGUUGAUAUUGGAGGGCCGGGCUUUGGCCGAAGAUGAAUAUGCUGUGGCUAAACAUCAAGAUGUAGGCAUCGCUAGUGGCAUUAAUGCCAUGGAGUGUGGUCGACAAUCGCCAAAACCCUCAACGUCAAGGGCCGCUGCCACAUUUCAUGAUCAUCAAAUGGGUGGCUCGAGUGGAGCUAGCGGUGGUGGUCUUUCUACCGAUAUAGCUGGCUAUCUAAGACGCAAAGCUUCAAAUUCCCCGGAAUCAUCGUCGCAAUCGUCGUCUUCUUUACUGCGUGACUAUUACAACAGCAAUAGUAGCAGUGAGAGUGCCAGCUCAUCGGUGGAAAGUAACCACAGUCGUUGGACGCAGAAACUCAGUCAGUUGCGUCAGGAAUCACCAAAUGCUCAACGUCACCAUUUGACAGCUGGCAGGGAACAGAGCAAAGUGGCUGUUGAAUGUAUGCGCUCUGUAGAACCGGAGUAUGUGGCUUUGGCCAUUAACACAGAUCAGCCGUUGGACGAGCGUCGCAGUGGAGGCAGUGGAGAUUUUGAAAUAAUUCGACGCAUUGCUUUGAAUCGCAUAAAUCACUACAAUUCUCCGGUCUCAGGUUUGGGUGCCUCAUCGGUUAGUGGUGGUGGUGGAGCUGGAGGCGCCGGUGGGGGUGGUGGUGUUGGUGGAUCUGUUGAUAAUUUUAUGUGCUCUCUACAAUCUCUAGCCAGUAAUACCUGUCUCCGUGUGGGAACACCUAUACUCUCAAAUCCAAUAACAGCUUCUACGCCCAAGUAUCCAACAUAUAGAGUAACACAUCAAAAUACUCCCCGCUUCCCUGCACCCCACUAUAACGAUGUGACGGCAGGAUCUGCUAGUAGCUCGGGCAGCGGUGUUGGCGGUGGCAUACAAUCACCCAUGUUUGCAGCAGCUACCCCCUGGCACCAACACCAACACCACCACCACCACCAAUCGGCAACCCCUCUUGGCGCCAACAACAAAGAGUAUAUGUUGCGUAAGAGCUCUACUGAACGGAUAGCAAUACCAACGCCUCAGACAACAACACCCACCAACAGUGCAAACACCUCCUGCAAUUCCACCUAUAAUUCAUAUGGUUUUAGCCGUAGAGAAUGUCCGGUAAGUGUGACAAUGACGGCAGCAGCAACGUCUGCUACAACAACGACUCCCACAACGAGUCGCAACUCAACAACCCCCCAACAGGGUCCACACUGUGAUCAGUUCCUGCGAAAAAUGGGACUAGCCAAAGGUGAUGCCUCAGAAACUGAGGAACACCACUGUGAUAUGUCAUACGUUAAUAUAACGUGCACUCGUUGGCGUGCCUAUUGUAUUAAAAUGGAAAAUAUUUUAGCUCGUGGUGAACCCAUCUGUAUUGAAGUAUAUUUGGGUCCAGUAGGCCAUAAAAUUUUAUUAGAGCAAUGGAUAAUAAGCGUUAAUGAAAAACAACCACCGCCUACCAUGACGCUGCCCUCAUUAUGUAGUGCCAUACGCAGUCAAUUGUACUUCUCACAAAUCAGUGCCUGGUGUGAUCUCAUUAAGAAAUCCGACAAGACCAUCUAUGAUACUGGUCGCCUUAUCUUUACCACACCACCAACAAUGAGUGCUGCUGGCGAUUUGGCCACUACAGCGGCGAAUGUUUUAAGCACAUCACCGUCUGGGGCGACCACCAUGCUAACAAUGACAAGUCUGCCUUCGCCCAGCGGUAAUAGUGGCAGUGCAGUUGGCAGCGGCGGCGGCGGCAUUACUUCACCAGGCAGCAGCAGCAAUAGCAGCGGUGUUAGCAGCACUAGUAGCAUGCAUCGGCGGCCACCACGUCUCAAUAUUUUCUAUCGCAUCAAACCUUACGAUAAUGGCAAUGCUUGCUUUAAUUCCAAACCGAAUGUACACAAUUUUCCAAAUGUCAAUAUUUCGGAAAAUUGUUGUGUAUCGGUUUGUCUAAAAAGUCUUCCACGUAUAACGGGCGGUAUACCAAAGGUGGGCCCUACAACAACGACAACGGGCGAAUCGAUAGCAACAGCAGCAAAUUCUCUACCCUCAGCUCCAAGUACGCCAACUACAACCACAAUGAGAGGAGGAGCAGCAGCUGCGUCUGGGACAUGGUCAAUGAGGGCAACACCAAGAGCCGCUUCCACGCCCAUGAGUGCGGGAGCAGCAAACAUAACAACAACAACAAAUGCCAAUAAGCCAACAACAAAAAACUGUGAUAAUGCAAAUUCAAAGGAACACCAUCAACAACAACAACAAAAACUACAACAAACUGCCGUUUUAAAUUUAAAUCGAGCUCAUUCUUGUGAUGAUGAUGAUGAUGGCCAUGCCAACGACGGUGAGGGUGACAACGAUGAUGGCAAUGCAGUUAACCAUGAUAGCGGUAGCAUUGAAAACUAUGUUUUCCAACAGGAUAAUGGUGCACAAAGUUCCUCAGCUUUAAGACGAGGCAACUCUGCCGAAAGAACCGUUGGUGGUGCUGUUGGUGAUAGCUGUGAUCUUCAAUGUAACGUUCUAACCGCCGGUGGCGCCGAUGGUGAUAGUUCCAAUUCCUCAUUAAGUACAAAUUAUGGAAAUCUUUCACACCGUGAAAAGCAGCUGCUGAAAUAUCGCAAACGUAUGCUGAAGCGUGAUAAGAAACAACAGCAACAACGUAAAUCCAAUGAAUGCAAUAAUAGUCAAGCGAGCAAUGGUGGCGCGGUUGCCUCUUUGAAAAUGGAACAGGGUGAGGAGUAUGAUGAUGAUGAUGAUGAUCAGGAGGGGGAGGAGGAUGAUCUCAAUGAGGCCAGUUGCAAUAAUUCAAAUGCCGAUUAUGCACAGAAAACACGCUUGAACAGUUCAAAUGCAAGUGCCACCAACACAACAACAAAGGGCCAAAGACAACAACAGCAAUUACCAAAUAGUUUUCUAAAUAGCAUUCCUUUUACCAAUGGGCAACAGCAGCAGGCGCCGCCAUCAAAGCGAACGCAAGAGUCAAAUCAAAGUCAGCAGCAUGUUAAAAUGAUCUCAACCGGUACCCAAACUACCGGAAACAACAACAGCAACAACAAUAAUGCCAACAGCACAUGUUCUUCGUGUGGCUAUGAAAAGUCCAUGAUUUGCUUAAAAUGUAAUCCUCUUAAGAAAUCCCUAAAAGGCAGCACACCCCACAGCAGCAGCAGCAGCAGCAGCAACAGUGCCGGCAACGUUACCAUUGCUGACGAUUUUACGUUCAGUAAUGAUGAGGGCAUGGAUGCCGAAUCAGCAGAGUCUCCAGUGUCCUCGAGAUCGGCCUCGUCCUCCUCGUCAGUCUGUAGUUUAAGUAGUAGUGAUAUUAUCCAUACGCCACGUAAUAAAGCUGAACUUUUAUUACAAGCCAUACAACGUACACCGAAAUCAAAUAAGAAACUUAAAAUAACCAAAGAUUUACAGCAGCAACAGCAGCAGCAGCAGCAGCAACAGAAUCAGAAGCAACAACACACAACAACGAUGGUCAAAACAAAUAAAACACCAGCCACCACAUCGCGUUCUUCAACAGCAACGAAUAGUCAUAGUGGUCACCUUAAUCGAUCAAUGCCUUCCAAUAAAUCUUUAUCCUCCUCAUCCUCUUCGUCGCUCAGCGGCGGCGGCAGUACCAUACAGUUACAAAGUUGCCAAGUAUGUAAGCGUCAGAAAACCCAACAUAAUUUCCAACAACCUCCACUAGCUUCGCUGGAAGUUGCAACUGGUGAAGAUUGUUCUUCUUCACCUUUGGAAAGUUCAGCAGCUUGCUCAUCCUCUUUACUGAGAUGCAGCCAAACCUCGAAUGGUGGCAACAAAACUGAUGAUGUGUUGGGUGAAGCUGAAAAUGAAUUGGAUGGUGGGAAAAUGUUCACAGCAGAAGAUUGUGUGGACAAAGGUUUGCUUUUGGAUAUAGCAAAUAAUGUGACAAAUCAAUCAUGUGAUACUAAGAAGAAGAAAUCGGCUGAUAUCUACAAGGAAUCAGAAGUAAUGGAAGAAGAAUACUUUGUAUCCUCUACAAAAUUAACACCACACAUUGAACGAUGUUCGAUAGCAACAAAGACGUAUUAUUCCCAAUUGCACCAACAGCCAUCACAAUCACCAUCCACUAAUGGCACUGACACUCAACGUUUGUGCUCGACACCACCCCUGGUGGGGGAACACAAUUCGGAGAAUGCCAAGGGACAGGGUCUUGUUAUGGCACAAUUUAAAACACCUACACCUAGCGAACAACAAAUCAAAUCCAAUAUGAAUCGACAAGUUCAACAGCAACCACAUAAGCAAACACCCAAACCGAAUCUUCUACAAAUCGGCUUUAGCUUUAACGGAGGCGAAAUGCCAGCACAAUCAUCGCAAACAAACAACAAUCAGAUCGAGUCAAAUGUUAUGCCCUCCAUUCACAAUCCAUUGUUGGCUAGACGCAAUUCACCAAAAGUGAAUCUUACACGCAUAUUUUGUAAUCCUACAUCUAUGAAGGUUUCCUCGCCCAUACCCAUAGGAAAUGGCAAUGCGAGCGACAUCUUAUCAACCCCAUCCACUGCAUCGGUAUCAUCUGGUUCCAAGUCGGCCGAUAUUAAUGUAUGCGACGAAGUAGCACCAACAUUCUCAUUUGAAUCACCCGCCGGACAACCUCCCACGAUAACCGUACAAAAAUCCAAUUCUGCUCCCACUUUACCCAAUUCGCCGUCACUUUCGCCUCGUUUCAUUAAGGCGUCGGCUUUGUAUAAACGCAGAUCUAGACAUUUGUCAGAUCGUUCUGAUCGUUCCUCCUUGGGAUCGGAUGAACAAUUCUCCGAUGAAGAUAUAGACUGUGGUAUGUAUAGCCCGUUUGCCACAUCGCCGGUAAAACUGCGUACUCGCUUAUCGGCUGUGUUUGGGCGUAAGCCCAUGUUGGGUAAUUUGGAGGAGAGUCUUUUGCAAAGACGUUUGAAACCCAAAAUAGAAGUGAUGGGUUUCAAACUGCUGUUAGGUGCUUCGGGAGGAUUUUGUCCCACGCAAUUGACCAUACCGGCUGCUGCAUAUUUUUAUGAACUCCAGGGAGAAACUUUAAGUACACCCUAUUUGUGUGAAAUACGUUUACCUCGCAAAGGCUAUUCCGUGCCACGUUGUGGUACUGUUCAGGCUACACUUUUAAAUCCCAUGGGUACCGUGGUUCGUAUGUUUGUUAUACCAUACGAUAUGCGGGAUAUGCCGGCAUUACAUCAGACCUUUGUGCGUCAACGUAUUUUGGCCGACUCGGGCAAUAGUGUCCAGACAACAUCCACCAGUCGUAAUGGCGGUGUUAUUGAUGCUGGCGAUGGUGUUUGUGUUAGCGAAGGUGUUUUAAAAUGCAGCGAUACUAUGGUACAAAAUGGAAAUAUACAAAAUUUUAAUAGUUCAACUGGUGUUGUUGGUGGUGCUGGCGACAAUGCGACAAUAAAUACGACCAAAAUGCAACAGCAACCAAGUUUCCCGCAAAAUAAUUUCAACACCAGUAACAACAACAACAAUAAUAAUAAUACCAGCAAUGUUGGAAAUAUGGAAAAUCAUUUGGGACACUUUAUAUCAGCCGAGAAUAUGAAAAGUUUACGCUAUUCAAUACAUUUGAGAUUUCAGACAUCACGUUCCGGACGUUUAAUGCUGCAUACCGAUAUACGCUUAUUGAUAUCUAGACGAACCGAUUGCGAUACUGCGGCCGCUCAUGCUAAGGGCGUUUUGGAGGCACCCAAUGAACUUAUAACUAAUACUGUGAUGCCAACAAAUCCCAAAUAUAGUGCACGCCAAGAUCAGACUACAAGUAGUAAGAUUUAGUAGUUGUUGAAAGCUGCAUGUGUGCCAGUCGAAAUGUUGCAACAGCUACAACAGAAACUCUUGCAACGCUGGCAAAAGAUAUGGGUUUAAACGAAAACAAAGGAAAAACAAGAAACACAAAACAGCUACAACUAUUAAAAACAAAACGAUAAUGCUGCCCAUACGAUUUGUUGGAAAAAAAACAACUUUUUUUAUAAUUAAGAAACAAUAUAUCAAAAAUAUUACAAAUAAUUAUCUUUACACAAUAAUAUGAUGUUAUAAAACUUUCCUCCCGCCCCCCCAAACUCUAAGAAGGAAAGAAAACUUCUACGAAGCCCUCAAUCCCCGCCUCUAGAUCUUUUCAAAUUUCUGUGUUGCGUCUAUGACUAUUUAGCCCUCACCAAAAAUGCCUUUUUUUUUGGGAUAAAGAAAGAUUUUCACAAUUUUGUUUUAAAUCAUCUGAUCUGUGGUUAUAGAAUUAUAAAAAAAAGAAAAUAUAUAAACAUAUAUAUUUUUUUUGUUAUGUAUUAUUAUUUUACACGUUUUUUUUUAAAUUUCGAGCAUUUUUUGAACGUCUUAUUUUAUAUAUAUAUAUUUUUUAAUUUAGGAAUUAUUUGCAAUUUUUUGAAUUUAAAUUCAAAUUAAAACAAAAACAAAAAACAUAAAAUUAGUCCAUUUUACAAAACCCCCACAACAUAUACUUUUACCUUUUUUUUAAAUUGUUAUUAAACCUACAUAUGUAUGUAACUUUCCAAAAACAUUGCCAAGCCAAACUUUCUUUAGAAAGGCUGUCCUUUUGGUUGUGGUUGUGUGUGUGGUUAGGAAAAAAUGGCAGCUUUUAUGUUAGAAAAACAAAUGGUUUUCUUAAAAUUUAGUUACGAAUUUAAUUGGUAUACAAUUCUUUUGUUUUACACUAAAAAAAUUUUUAACUAAUUUUUUUUACCUUAUCCCCCCUUACUAAAGACAAAUUUCAGAAAUAUAAAUUGUUAACAAAAUUCUAUGAAUGUGUAUGUGUGCACUGCUUGUACCGUUCACUCACUACCCAAUGGCCAAUGGAGCCAAGCCAAGCUUAACGAGCAACCAUGCUAGCAGGCUAUUGGCUUAGCUAAAAAAUAAACCAUCAACCAACCGCCCCCAAUCCGCCCCGCCCUUUCCCCUUCCCCAUCUUAUGUAUAGCAAAUGUCUUAUGUAUAUUAUUUAUUUUAUUUUUAUUAUACCUCUUAUUAAAUUGUUUUACUAAAUGAAUUCAAUAUAAUGUAAAAAAAAAACAACAACAACAAAUUUCAAUAUGUAUUUCUUUAUUGAAACUAAA